GAAAGUGUUUGUGUCAAUGCUGCUGUUGCCGUUGUUCGCACUGUUGCUCUCUGCUGUUGUUGCUGCUGUUGCUUUUGCUUUUAUUACGGCCAAUGAAAUCUGUUCUGUAGUCAGUUGACUGAGAUUCGUUGAACGAUUUAGUUGAUGGUUUGAUAGAAAUAGCCGUACAACGUGCAUGUGUUCAAAUAUAUACCCUACAUUUACCAUAACUUAACCAUCCAGUUUUUUCCAUCUAAUUUCGCUUUUUUAUUUUGUUUAUUUCGUGUUUUGUGUGAAUAGAAACGGUUCGAAAAUUCCGAAUAUAAGUGCAAAGACAGUUUCUGAUUUUUUGUGUGUGUGUUUUUUUUUCGUGAGUGUAAAACGUUCUGCCACGAAAUAUUUUACACCCGAUUUUUUGAACGGAGACUCUGACAACGUUUUUGAAAAGAAGUUUUCGUGAAAAUCCAAAAAGAAGGGAACAUUUUCAUCAUGAAUCGCUCGUUCGAUGAAACAACACCUAGUGAAUUGAAUAACACCAUUGACGAUAAAAAUUCAUCAAAAGCUCGAAGCACAACAUACUCAUCGCAUGGAAAUGGUGAUGAAUCAAAUGCUAAUCAAAAUGGAAAAACCAACCAUGCAACAAGUUCGCUUAACGGAAAUGAUGACAAUAACGAUAAUGCCCAACAACAUUCAACCACCGAAUCAGCGACCACCAAUGGCAAGGGAUUUAUAAAACGAGCUCAUCCAGCACCAUUGAAAAUGGUCGCAUUCAAAGGCGAUUCAAACGACGUACCAGGAACACCACGAACACCAAGAACAUCAACCACACCAGGGCACGAAAAGUGUACAUUUCAUCAUGAUUUGGAAUUGGAUCACAAACCACCGACGCGCGAAGCUCUGUUGCCAGACAUGGCACAGUCGUAUCGCUUGCUGUUAAGCAGUUUGGGUGAAGAUCCAUCACGUCAAGGGCUAUUAAAAACACCGGAACGAGCUGCCAAGGCAAUGCUUUUCUUUACCAAAGGCUACGACCAAAGCAUCGAAGAAGCAUUGAAUGGAGCCGUUUUUGAUGAAGAUCAUGAUGAAAUGGUUGUGGUGAAAGAUAUUGAAAUGUUUUCAAUGUGCGAACAUCAUUUGGUACCAUUUUAUGGAAAAGUGUCAAUUGGUUAUUUGCCGAGCAAAAAAAUUCUCGGCCUCAGCAAAUUGGCGAGUCAGCAUAGAUACGGAACGGACUAUAAUUUACUUGCUCGAAUUGUGGAGAUUUAUUCACGACGACUGCAGGUUCAAGAGCGCCUCACUAAACAAAUUGCGAACGCCGUAACUGAAGCCGUUCAACCAGCUGGCGUCGCUGUUGUCAUUGAAGGAGUGCACAUGUGCAUGGUAAUGCGAGGUGUACAGAAGAUUAACAGCAAAACAGUGACAUCAACAAUGUUGGGUGUAUUUCGUGAUGAUCCGAAAACGCGCGAAGAGUUUCUCAAUCUUGUUAACACCAAGUAAAAAGAAAAACAACAAAAAAUGAACACAUCCAUUAAAAUGAUAACAAUUUAACAGAGAUGAACAACAUCGACAUGCAUUGCAACAGAAAGAAAAAUUAUCAAUGAACACAUCUCAAUGAAGAAAAAUAUAAAUAGCUAAAGAAGAGUAUUUAUUUAUUUA